AUACAGAAAAACAGCGGGAUAUUCGAAGACAGGUACCGGAAUUACGUUGCUGCAUGUGGCUGUUCACAUUGUUUUAUCAGCGAACAUUGCAUUGAUUUUCAGAGCUGGACGAACCUUGCAACUGAGCAACUCAGCUUGUUGACACCAAGGGGCCAUUAAGGGCGCCUUCAGGUUACCAUGGCCGCCCGACUGAUAGAGCAAGCGUUCGACCAGUACAACAAGUCGCGACUGCAGUUUGUGCAGACUGUGGCCGACCUGGCGUCGCGGCCGCAGAACAUGGAACACCUGCACGCCAACAACGUCAUGUCGCUGCUGCACCCGCUGCUGAUGGACGUGGUGCCGGCCAUCCAGCAGACGGCCGCGCUGGCGCUGGGCAAGCUGGCCAGCUUCAGCCAGCAGCUGGCGCAGACUCUGGUCAGCGGUAACAUCCUGCCGCAGCUCAUCUCGCAGGUCCCCGUCCAGAACCGGUUCUACAAGAAGUCGGCCUGCUUCGUCCUGCGGGCUGUGGCCAAACAUAGCGUGGAGCUGGCGCGGGCCGUCAUAGAGAGCGGCGGGCUGAAUGCGCUCGUCGUCUGCCUGGAGGAGUUCGACCCCAACGUCAAGGAGUCGUCCGCCUGGGCGAUCGGCUACGUGGCCCGCCACAGCCCCGAGCUGGCCCAGAGCGUGGUGGACGCAGGGGCGGUGCCUCUUCUGGUUCUCUGCAUCAAGGAGCCCGAGAUCGGCGUGCGGCGUGUGGCCGCCUCGGCCCUCAGCGACAUCUGCAAACACUCAGAGGAGCUGACUCACGUAGUGGUCGAGAACGGGGCCAUCUCCAACUUCGCUGCCCUCAUCACGUCCCCCGACACCAAGCUCAAGCGUCAGAUCCUGUCGGCGCUCUCCAACAUCGCCAAGCACACGCUGGCGCUGGCGGAGCUGGUGGUCGAGGCCGAGAUCUUCCCGGACGUGUUCUCCGGCCUGCAGGACGACGACGACCUCAUCCGCAAGAACACCGCCGGCCUUAUCAAGGAGAUCGUCAAGCAUACGCCGGAGCUGGCGCAGCUGAUCGUCAACGCCGGCGGCAUGGCUUCGAUCGUCGACUACCUGGGCCGCUCGGAGGGGCACGUGGCGCUGCCGGGCAUCAUGGCGCUGGGCUUCACGGCGGCACACUCACAGCAGCUGGCCAUGUCGGUGAUCGUGUCGCGGGGCGUGGUUCAGCUGGCCAUUUGUCUGAACGACGAGAAAGACGACCAUAUUCGCGGCGCGGUCGUGUGGGCGCUCGGUCAGAUCGGCCGCCACACACCGGAGCACGCCAAAGCCAUAGCCAUGGCCAACCUCUUCCCGAAGCUGCUGGAGUGCUACACCAGCUCGGACAGCAGUGACGACCUGCAGGACAAGGCGCGCCGCACGCUCAAGUCGGUGCUGCAGAUGUGCGUCUACAUGCCGGCGCUGGACCCGCUGCUGCAUGAGGCUCCACCCAACAUCCUCAAAUACGUCGUCGGCCAGUACAGCAAGGUACUACCGCACGACCCGCAGUCGCGCCGUCAGUUCGUCACCUCUGGCUGUUUGCGCAAGGUGCAGGAAAUUCAGGCGGAGCCCGGUACGGAGCUGCGCGAGUACAUCAACACCAUCAACAACUGCUUCCCGGAGGAGAUAGUCAGGUAUUACAGUCCCGGCUACUCGGAACACCUGCUGGAGCGACUAGAGACAUACGAGCCCGUUUGGACGGACGGCGCGCGGGAGGACUGGCAGCAGGACACCCCACCAGCCCCGUCGGCCCCGCCCGCAGCCGCUGCCGGCAUCACCGCCUGAGGGCAGCACCGGCGGCCAGAGAGGCAGCGCUACGACCGACCGAGUCCGUGCCGGGCCCGACCGGUGACACAGAGCAGCCGCUCCAUGCACCGGCGGCCCGACAGGUGGCGCCACGACCGACCGAGUCCGUGCCGGACUCAAGCGGGCUGUCUACACAGAGCGGCCGCUCCGGCCGACAUGCGCGCUUCACAUCAGUCCUGUUCACAGUCCUUCCUAGUCACUCGUGCCUAGUCUUUCAAUUUAGCUCUUAAAUCGAAUGCGUUACCCAUUCACUGUAAAGUCUUGAGAAUACACGCAUCGGUACGAC